AUGUCUCAAAGUAAUAAACAAAAAUCCAAAGUGCUUGUACCACCUGUUGAAAGACAAGAAUCAAUGAGUUCUUCAACAUCUGAAUCAUACGAAACAAACAUAUUUAGUAAAGAAAGUUCUAAAAGCACUGAAGGCACUAGGGAGUAUAGCAGUUCUGAAAAUACUAAAGGUAUUGGAAAUGCUAGUAGUCAUGGAGGACGAGGUGAGCCACAAAAACUUGAGGCUCAUCUUGCACUUGAAUGUGCUUAUGUAGAUGAUGAAGUUCGGCAAAUAUAUUUACUUCGUGUAUCUAACCAUGAUCAGUCAGAUGAAGCAGAAUCUGAUAUUCAAAUAGUUUUAAAAAAACAAAAAAUAAACAAGCAGUCUAGUAUUUCAAAGUUUUUUCCACAAUCAGGAGGUGGUUUAUCUGAAGCACGAAUAAAUGCUAUAAAUAGCUCAUUGUUAAAGGCCUUUGUAGUUUGUGGCAUUCCAUUUUCAGUGGUUGAAAAUCCAUUUUUUAUCGACCUUCUUCAAAAUUUGUGUCCAAACUAUCAACUACCAUCAAAAGAAGUAUUAGCAGAGCAUACAUUUGGUCUACGUCUUAUAAAAGAUUGCAAUGAAAUUAUAAAAUAUUUCAAAAAAUCACAUCAGCCAAAUGCAUAUUUACAACAAGCAAUUAAUGAAUUAAAAAUCUCUGGAGGAGGGUUAAAAAAAUUUAUUGAUACAAGAUGGACCUCUGCAUAUGAAUGUACUUUAUCUGUUAAUCGACUUGAACGUGCAUUUGUUAAAAUUAUGAAUGAACAUCCGGAAUUAAUUACAAAUCUUAUUAAUAGAAGAUGGAGAAAUUUUGAUAGUGAUAUUUAUAUAUUGGCUUACUUUCUUCAUCCAGGAUAUCGUGCUAGGUUGCGAGAACAACAUUUUCAAGUUGUUGCAGAAACAGCAAUUAAAUUAUGGCAAGAAGAAGGAAAAGAUCAAUACGAAUGUGCAGAUCUUGUAGCAUAUAUGCGACGAUUUUUAGAAAAAGAUGAAGGAUUUAAAUUACCUUAUAGUUUUGAAAAUGAUACUCCUCUAUUAUGGUGGUCAACUAACUUUGUUGGAUCAAAAUCAAUCGGAAAACUUGCUACCAAAGUAUUUUCAAUUACCCCUCAUUCUGCUGAUUGUGAAAGAACUUUUUCAGCAUUAGAUGAUGAUGACGAAAUAGCUGAAGAUUCUGAAAUAGAGGAAGAAGAGUCUGAGUAUAAUUUUAAUGUUAUUGAACGAUUUGAUCUUGAUAAUAUUGUGUUCUUAAAUGAUGAAAUUUUUCAAGAUAAUGAGUCAGAUGAAAAUUCACAAAUUGAUGAUGAGUUCGAUGAAAUUGAGCACGAUGAAUUGACAUCUAGUGAUGUAGAAAGACGUGGUGUUUAUGAAUUUGAUUCUUCAAAAUUAGCAGCAGAUUUGGUACGAGGGUGGGGUCAUGAAGAUUAUGAAAGUGUUAAUGUUAGUAUAAAUAGCAUAGCAAAUGAAGUAAGCAAAAAUAUUAGUGAAAAUGUAAAUAACAUAGAAGGUGAAGAUAGUGUUUUAGAAACUUUACCUAUAGCACUUCGUAAAACUUGUCGUCAAAGUAAAAAAUAA